AUGUCGACUCCGACCACGGCUACAGCGACAUUACCUCCUCACUCGCAUUACCAUCAUCCCCAUUAUCCCUACUCGCACCAGCCGUACCAAGCGUCAACCGCCACAGGCUCCUCGUACCGUCAGCCGGCGAACCCAAUCCUCCCCACUUCUUCGUCGACAGCGACGACGAGAUUGCCUCCUUCAUACCCUAACCAUUCAGGCGUCUCCUCUUAUACCACUUCCUCCUCUGCCAGUCACGCCGGUACAAAUGGCCUAGGCCUUUCAGCCUCGUCUGCCACUUCGAGGACCGUACACGACGCCUCGAGUCCCGACACGAACUACUCUGUUAACACAAUGCCUACCUCCUCCCAUGCCCAUUCUUCACAGUCUUCCGGUCGCAAGCGAAGGCGAUCGAAAGGCCCCGAUUGGAACAAGUUUUACCAAAAUGGUCUGCCCAAAGAAGUCAUUGUUAUUGACGACACUCCCGAGCCAGAGCAGGGCAAAGUCACCGGCAACGGAGUAAGGGUUGUGUCCAACGGUAACGUCAAUGGCAUCACCACCAACGGUGCAUCCUCCACUCGUCCCGUCCCCAAGAAGAGGAAGCGAGACGACGAGCCUCAGCCGUACGAUCCUGUUUACCAUAACAAGUAUGCCGGCUCCCAUACCACCACCCCUCAUCACAACGGCACCCCUACAGGGUCAACUAUCUCUACCGACAGGACGACUAGUUCUGCUAUUCACACAACCGCUGCCACGUCUCUGUCCUCAAAUGGCCAGGAAUACUACGAUGUGCAACCCGGCCAGAAGCGGAAGCGAACCCGACAGCAAAUUGCUCAAGAAGCAAAGAAACGUGAAAUCGAACUCGCAGAUCCCUUCGUCUGCUAUAAGCCUCCUCCUUAUCCUCCGAAGAAGGCAUCUGAUGUCCACGUCAAAGUCGUGCACGAUCAUGCAUACAACAAGAAUGCCAAGGUUGACGACGAUGAUGGACACUACAUUGUUGUCCCGGACGCAGAUUUGACCGACAGAUAUCAGAUGGUGAAGCUGCUUGGCCAGGGCACUUUUGGAAAAGUCGUCCAGGCCCGAGACCGAAAGAGGAACAAGGCCGUUGCCAUCAAGAUUAUUCGAUCAGUGCAAAAGUACCGAGAUGCAUCGCGAAUAGAACUACGGGUGUUGGAAACGCUGAAGCAAAAUGACGGCGAGAACCGCAAUCGGUGUAUUCAUCUGAAAGACUGCUUCGACUACCGCGGCCACAUCUGCAUCGUUAUGGAUCUUCUAGGACAAAGCGUCUUUGACUUCCUAAAGAGCAACAGCUUUGUGCCCUUCCCCAACAGCCAAAUCCAGAGUUUCGCUCGGCAGCUCUUUACCAGCGUGGCUUUCCUCCAUGACCUCAACUUAAUUCAUACCGAUUUGAAACCGGAAAAUAUUCUUCUCUGCGACAGUGCUUACCAGACUUUUACCUACAACCGAAAGAUACCCUCGUCAUCGCAGACCGUGAAUCGGCAAGCCAACCAACGCCGAGUUUUGCUGGACACUGAAAUCCGGUUAAUUGAUUUCGGCUCAGCGACAUUUCAGGACGAGUACCACAGCUCCGUAGUGUCGACCCGACAUUACAGAGCUCCCGAGAUCAUUUUGGGUCUCGGAUGGUCGUUUCCCUGCGACAUCUGGAGCAUCGGCUGCAUUCUUGUAGAAUUCUUCACCGGCGACGCUCUUUUCCAGACCCACGAUAAUCUCGAACACCUGGCAAUGAUGGAGAUGGUCGUUGGCCAUCGGAUCGACUCCAGCCUGGUCCAGGCGGUCAAUAAAAUGGCCACAAGAAGUGGCGGCAACCCCGCCUCCAAGUACUUCAAGCGGCUGAAGCUCGACUACCCUACCGCAGAGACAACACGCGCUUCAAAGCGAUUCGUCAAGGCCAUGAAGCGCCUCGAGGACAUCAUCCCUUCGAAUACUACCUAUUUCAAGAACUUUUUGGACCUCCUCCGGAAGAUCUUUGUUUACGACCCUCAGCACCGCAUCACAGCAAAACAGGCAUUGCAGCACCCCUGGUUUAAGGAACCUGCGACGCCAGACGAUGGCACUGAAGCUGCCAAGAUCCGACUAGAGCGGAUGCGGGCGGAGGAGUCUCACCGGAUACACACAUGA